AGGCAAAAGGGCAGGCAACAAUCAAGAAAACUUCACCACCCAAAUAAACACCAUAAAGUCAGUAAAGAUGCUAAUCAUGCAAAUUAUGUAUAAUUUAACCACAUAUGGUCUGUUUUGAAGGUCUUUUUCAAAUGUAAAAUGUUUCACUUGCACUUAUUCAUCUCAUGUGUCAUCAUGCUCUAAAUGUCAGUGUUUAAGAGGUAUAUAAGAGGCUUAUAGAUGUUAGAGUAUUAAGGGUAUUUAUUCACUUACUACAAGGAAAUGUCACUUAUGGGAUUCUAGGAUAUAAUUAAAGAAAAUAGCACAAACCAAUAUAAGCUAAAAAUUCUUUCAAAAUCCAUAAUUUCACAUAAAUUCCUGAAAUAUUUUCAGAUAAUGUCUAUUUCAGGAAUAAUAUAGAUUUCUCUCAUGUCCUUUGAGCAAAUGUGUUUAGAGACAAUAUUUGCAAUUCUGACCCAAACUUCAUUCAAAACCUUUGUCACAAAAAUCUUGAAAAUAUUCACCAAUACCCAAUUUUAUGUCAAAAACCUCAUUUAUAUUUUAAUGCACUUAUAAUAAGGACUUUUUUAAAAUGUGAAAAUGUUAAAAUUGUAUUCAUUUUUAAAAUAAAAUAUUAAAUAUUACUUAUCACCUGGUAUGAAUAUUUAUUACAUUAUACCAUGUCCAAUUUAAGCAUAAUUUCUUUUAACUUUUUAAACUAAUGAAAUAAAAAGUUCAAACUCUAAAUAAAAUUAAUUAAACACCAUAAAAAGACCAGAAUAACAAAACCCAAAAACUUACACAAAGCACUGCAAAUCUAAAUGUAACAAUUUCAGAGUUCCCUGGAGAAUAUGAAAUAUGACAAAAUAACUAAAAUCAAAUUAACCAAACAAAAUCAACCAAAAACCAAAUCAGCACACAGACGAAAUGUUUAAGUGUUUUAAGGCAAUAAAACCCAGUGCAACAACUCAUCAUAUUAAUCUGAUCAACCCUACUGGGUUUCUGACUCACAACUGGAACAAGUUCUUAAGUUCUGAUUUCUGUGGCUAAAAAUAAAAGCAUGUUCAAGGACAGCAAAUGACAAGGCAAACUAAGUCAUAGUUAUGCUGAUUUUUAUUUGAUCAGAUUUAGUUUAACCAUCUUAAACAUGCAUAUCUGAAAACCACGUUCUAUGACUGUGGUUAGCUCUGCUGGUUUAGUGGAUGCUUAAAGAAGCAGCUGGACAGAUGGAUCAACUGGCUGAACCACAUUUCAUCUCAUCCCUAGACCUCACCACUUAAUAUUCCAGAUACGACACAUGCACAUUCCCGGUCAACAGGAAAUUAAAGACCUGCAGCACCACAAUGCCGUCUAAUGAGCUAGCAAGCAAGAAGGAAACGUACAACAAUCCCUGUGGAGGGUAUGACCUAUGCCUAACCCAUGGAUGAAAAAUGUACUUUUUUCAUCCACAGCAGGAGAUUUUAGCUCCCUCUCCUACCAUUGCUCUAAUCCGGUAACACUCCCUCUAGUGUUGCAGAAUCUGAGAUAAAGAGAAGCUGAUCUCAGCUUCAGUCCCUCGCAGCAGGAAUCAGCAUCGAGCAUCUCCGUUUGGUGAUGAUGGGACAGACAACCGAAUACCAGCAGUUAAUCUGAUCAAACAGCUAAGGCACAACACACUGGUGGGGUUUUCCUGUUUGAUUCAACGCUGUGAGCCUACAGCUGUAAAAAAGCAGAGCCAAACAGGAAGUUCUUCGCUUGAAUUAAAAACCAUUCCUUAUAAUGGGUGUAACUGUCUACAACAUCUCCUCCACCUCAGCCAGGGUGAACUGGCCUGGCUCCCCCACCUGCCUGGACACCUUCUACAGCGUCAUGUACGACCCCAACUGGAACAGCCUCAUCAUGGGCUACAAGCGGAAAAGCUUCAAGCACGAGGAGCGCAUCCCUGUCAGCCAGACCAGCACAUACCUGGGCAACCUCCUACCCCAAACCGCCUACUUCCUGUGUGUGACAUGCCAGGCUGCUGAUCCGGUGCGGGAACAGUGCCAAGUGUUCAGCACCCCGAGCGAGAACAGCGAAGGCCACGACAGGGCAGGUUGGGAGGUGGCUGUGGGCGUGUGGCUGACUUGCUGCCUCUUGCUGCUGGUCAUUGCCGGCAUCCUUCUGUGGGGAUGCCUUCACAACAUGUGCUGCCUGCCAGGGAGAGCCCCCGAGAGCUGCCCCGUUGUGACCACCUCUGUCCGUCAAGACAUGUCCAGUUUGGGACACCUCUUCGCGGCCAGAAGCAGCAGCGAGGAAAGCAUGAAACGGGCCACUACCAUGGAGUCCUCGCUGAUGUUGGGGCAGCCCACUGGCCAUGUAAUUACCCCAGACCAUGAGAGCUGAAGAUGCUGGCUAAGCUGGCUGACAGAGAGCCAGCAUUAAUCGACUGGAUUAAGGUCAUCACAGUAUUGUUCUGCCCCGGUUGAAUUAUCACUGAAUGUUUUACCCUCUCAAUGAAAAUCCUAUUUGUGUUUACAGGAAUAUAUGUUUUCAUAGGAUCCAUUCAAAGCAACAUUUUAACCCUAACCCUAAACAUAUAAGCUGUUACAGGGGACAUGAUCACAGAAAUAUGAAGCUCACAGAAGGUUUAACCUUUGUGUUCCACUAGAUUUGUUUGCAAAGGGGUUUUUUCCUAAACAUUUUGCACAAGACUUAGAGACAUAAGACAAUUCAAUGUUUUCUAAAAUAAAGCUUCCCUUCCUCUAUA